CUCGUGACUCGGGGCGGGGCCUCCGGGCAAGGCGGGGCGCCCGAGCUCCCGGCUGGCCCACGGCGGCUCGGUGCUCUCUCCUGCUAGAGGUGCUUGUUUUCCCGCCAUGGAUCGCGCGGCCGUGGCGCGGGUGGGCGCGGUGGCGAGCGCCAGCGUGUGUGCGGUGGUGGCGGCUGUGAUGCUGGCCCAGUACGUGUUCACCUUGAAGAGGAAGACAGGCCGCAAGACCAAGAUCAUCGAGAUGAUGCCAGAAUUCCAGAAAAGUUCUGUUCGUAUCAAGAACCCUACAAGAGUAGAAGAAAUUAUCUGUGGUCUUAUUAAAGGCGGAGCUGCCAAACUUCAGAUAAUCACAGACUUUGAUAUGACACUAAGCAGGUUUUCCUACAAUGGGAAAAGAUGUCCAACAUGUCAUAAUAUCAUUGACAACUGUAAGCUCGUUACAGAUGAAUGUCGAAAGAAGUUAGUGCAGUUAAAGGAACGGUAUUACGCCAUCGAAAUUGAUCCUGGUCUCACCGUAGAAGAGAAGUUUCCGUAUAUGGUAGAGUGGUAUACUAAAUCCCAUGGUUUGCUUGUUGAACAAGGCAUACCAAAAGCUAAACUUCAAGAGAUUGUGGCAGAGUCUGAUGUUAUGCUCAAGGAAGGGUACGAGGAUUUCUUUGGCAGACUCCAGCAGCACAGUAUCCCUGUGUUCAUAUUUUCAGCCGGCAUUGGUGAUGUCCUAGAAGAAGUUAUCCGUCAAGCUGGAGUCUAUCACUCCAAUGUCAGAGUGGUGUCCAACUUCAUGGAUUUUGAUGAAAAUGGAGUACUCAAAGGAUUUAAAGGAGAAUUAAUUCAUGUGUUCAAUAAACACGACGGUGCCUUGAGGAAUACAGACUACUUCAACCAACUGAAAGACAACAGCAACAUAAUUCUGCUGGGAGAUUCCCAGGGGGACCUGAGGAUGGCAGAUGGAGUAGCCAACGUGGAACACAUUCUGAAAAUCGGUUAUCUCAACGACAGAGUAGAUGAGCUUUUAGAAAAAUACAUGGACUCUUAUGACAUUGUUUUAGUAAAAGAAGAAUCACUGGAGGUGGUGAACUCUAUUUUGCAGAAGACUCUGUAAACCAGCCAUUUAUAAGAAGACUUCUCUCCCACGGGUGAAGCCGAGACCAGAGCUGGCCGUUUUGCCGAGACUUAUUUAUACUUCGUUCUUGCCCUGGCAUUUUCCUCCUUUGCCUGCUGAAGCAUUCUCAGGCAUGUUGAAUCUGCCAUCUAUGAGCCCCCUUCCCCACCUCCAUCACUAUCGUGUUAAAUCUGCCUCCUACAAGCCCCCUUUCCCAGCUCCAUCACUAUGCUCCUCACCACAUUUUUAAACCAAUUUUUAAAAAGUUUUAAAGCCAAAAUAGAAAAGUAACUUCCUGAUUUUCCAAGUAAAUUGUGUAGUUCGCUGUUAUCAUGCAGUUUAUAAGGAGUGUUUUGCACCAGGAAUGCUUGUAGACGUUUAAAAGAAGCAUUAUCAGUGGGGAAAUAAUCUGCAUGAUUUUGAGCACUGCCAUUUUGUAAUUUGGUGGAGUGUGGCCACAAUAUCACCCAUCUCCUGAAUUCGUGUUUUAUUUGGUUAUUUUGUCUGGGAGAAAAAGAAUCACUAUUUGCCAGAAAAAGUCUGUCACUUGGUAUUUGAAAAAACUGUUGGUUUCCACAUCACUAAUGUUACAAAUACUCUGUGUUGAAGCACUGACAAUAAACAUGAAAUGGAAAGCCUUUUUAA